AUGAGCGAGACGGUGAUCUGCUCCAGCCGGGCCACGGUGAUGCUGUACGACGACGGCAACAAGCGGUGGCUGCCGGCGGGCACGGGCCCCCAGGCCUUCAGCCGAGUGCAGAUCUACCACAACCCCGCCGCCAACUCCUUCCGCGUGGUGGGCCGCAAGAUGCAGCCCGACCAGCAGGUGGUCAUCAACUGUGCCAUCAUCCGGGGUCUCAAGUACAACCAGGCCACCCCCAACUUCCACCAGUGGCGGGACGCCCGCCAGGUCUGGGGCCUCAACUUCGGCAGCAAGGAGGACGCAAGCAUGUUCGCCGCCAGCAUGGCCAGUGCCCUGGAGGCCUUGGAAGGAGGCGGGCCUCCAGCGCCAGCGCCGCCGCCGCCACCGCCACCAGCACAGCCGCAGGCCGCGCCGCCCGCCUGGUCCCAGAACGGCCCCGCCCCCGAGGAGGCGGAGCUCCAGCGGAGGCCGCCGGAGCAGGUGGAGCGCCGGGUCUCCAAUGCAGGAGCCCCCCCUGCUCCCCCAGCUGGGGGACCGCCUCCACCUCCAGGACCUCCCCCGCCGCCGGGUCCCCCCCCACCGUCCGGUCUGCCCCCCUCAGGGGCCUCAGCUGCAGGGCACGGAGCAGGGGGAGGCCCCCCGCCUCCGCCCCCUCUCCCCACCGCAGCUGGCCCCAGUGGUGGAGGGACUGGGGCCCCCGGCCUGGCUGCAGCCAUUGCCGGAGCCAAACUCAGGAAAGUCAGCAAGCAGGAGGAGGCCUCGGGGGGACCCUCCGCCCCCAAAGCUGAGAGCAGUCGCAGCACGGGGGGCGGGCUCAUGGAGGAGAUGAACGCCAUGCUGGCCCGGAGAAGGAAAGCCACCCUAGUUGGGGAGAAACCCCCCAAGGAUGAAUCUGCCAAUCAGGAGGAGCCAGAAGCCAGAGUCCCAGCCCAAAGUGAACCUGUGCGGAGGCCCUGGGAGAAGAACAGCACAACCUUGCCAAGGAUGAAGUCUUCGUCUUCAAUGACCACUUCCGAGGCCCACACCUCCACACCCAGCUCCGGCGAUGAGUCAGACCUGGAGAGGGUGAAGCAGGAGUUUGUGGAAGAGGUGAGGAAGGAAUUGCAGAAAGUGAAAGAAGAAAUAAUUGAAGCCUUUGUCCAGGAGCUGAGGAAGAGGGGCUCCCCCUGA